AUGACAUCUGCAGAAAAAGAUGCAUUCAAAGGAAAAGCAGAAAGUUUAAAGGUCCCUGAUGUUUCAGAGCUUAGUGAGGCUCAAAAAUCUAAGUUGAUAUCAGUUCACAGAAAAAAUCUUUUAAAUGAGGUAAAGGUUUCAAUCACUUUAUGAAAUAAUCUCCAGCCAAGCUCAAUUCCAAUUAGGUAGCAUAAACCAUGCAAAUUCAGAAUAAAUUAAAAAUUUAUUAAAAGUGGAUGAGUAAUUUCUAAUUAUCGUACUUUGUGGGAAUUAAUGCAACAUGCAGAUGUUUGUGUCCUUUUGAGUAAUCCUCGCGUCACAUUUUACUUUUUCAUCUGCUUCAGAUCAUGUUUCUAGAAGACUUGGGCUGUGAAUCUUCUCUGAUUUUUCAAGACACUUCAGGCCAAGUGUACAACUUUGGAUCAAGUGCAGGUUUCUCUUUCUUAUGCCUGAAUCCUGACAUCAACAUCAAAUUCCGAGACCACUUUGGUAUAUAUUAUUACUUUGAAUUAGUAAUAUUAUAAACAUUGAAAGUGUUCUAUUGAUUUGUUGGCAUGCAACUGUAUUAGCAGAUGUUUAUAUAGCUUAUACUAUAAAGUGUGUCAUCCAAUUGACGAGAUUAUUCAUGAUUGUAAAUAAGGUGAAUACAUCAUCAAAAUAGACCUGAAACUACAUAGUACCUCUGUAUUUAUUUAUUUAGCUUGCACCAAUGAGAGGUACACAUACAAAGAUGUACAACAGCUAUUCAAUUCCAAAUACAGUACGUUUAAGAAUAUACAUAUUAUUCACCAUAGUACAGAUGUUAACAUGUAAUUGUUGUCAUCAUCAUCGUCAUCAUCAUCAUCAUCAUCAUCAUUAUUAUUAUUAGCUAUGAUAAUAACAACAAAGCUGAUGAUGUCUAUAACAAAAUCCUCAAACCUGAUUGGUUCUGAACAGCGAAUAUUUGAUCCUUUAAUCUGAAUACUGUAAUAAGAAAACUGUCCAAUUUGGCCUGUGUGAUUACAGCUGCUUUUAACUGGACAGGUCAAAUCUGACAAUUAUGCAGCCAAUAAAAAUCCAGUAGAAAAUGCCACUAGCUAAUGAAAUUGAAUUACUUAUUCUUACCUUGUGUCUCACAUUUUGGCAAAGAAAGUGUCAUAUGGGACAUGUGGAAAUGGUCAAUAAGACUUACUGUCAUACAUUUCAGGGGUAAUCAGGCUCAUUACUUGCCCACUUACUUCCUGAAUUGUACUCCACUCAGUGCUAUUAUCAUUAUCAAUCAAUAUUUCUCUUUCUCUUGCACAAUAGGUGAAGCAAUAAAGAAACCAGGCAGCAGGGUGCCGUAUCUACGUGGGGGUUUUACAGUAGAAAAUCUCCCAGAUGGCAUUUUCUUUAAGAAACCCUUCCAUUAUGGCACUAAACAACUCCAGGCCAUAAUGGAGAAAAAAAGCGAAAUUAAAUUCGUGAUUACCAGUAAUGCAAAUGUAAACUUGCAAAGCAACAGGGAUUUCAUUCCCUCUCCAACUCAGCCUGAAACAGUAGUCACUCUUCUGUCCAGGAUAGUGGACAGACAAUGUGCAGAAAGGGUAGUUAGACUGUCUGACAAGAUUACAGAACAAGAUGUGGAGGUUGUGGAGUUGAGACUUGACCAGGAAGAGAGACUAAGAUUAAAUGAAUAUAGUUUUUAUUUUGAAGAUGAUGCAUGGCUUGCUGUUGGUGCUAAUAUUCAACACUCCACAGAAGCACAAGGGCUGAUUGUCCCAGUGUUUACUGAGUCAGAAGAUGAGAAAUUCUGGCUUUUCUACACUAUCCAGAAUCCAUCAAAACUAGUCAAAGCUUCAUUUACUUACAAGAUAAAAGGGUAUUGGCUUGACUUACAAGGCCAAUCCAACUACAAAUUACUGAACAAUCAUCAGGAUUAUGUUACUAUUGCCAACUUGAUCAAAAAUGGACCCUAUGGACCAUUAUAUUUUUUGCAGGGGAUGGAAAUUUCAGAUGACCAGUAUUUUAAUAUACCUGAAGUAUUUAACAAUGCAAUAUUUGCUGCCUUAAGAAGUAGCACUAUUAUUUAA